AUCGGGAGGAGCUAAUCUAACAGAAAUCUGGUUUCCUGUGGUAGUAUUGUAUGAUCAACUCCAAGCACGGAAACGUAUACAAUUCUUGCUGUAAGAUAUGUCCUACAUGCACACAAACUGGAGGGAUUUGCAGGCAUGGAAGGAUGAGGGAUUGUUGUUUUCUACAACUAGCAAUGAAGCUGUUAAACUGUAUGAUGCUGCUUUAACUCAGUACACAGGCUGGUAUGAUGAUAAAUCUGUUGGGGGGAUAGAGGAAACAGUGAAGAAGCUAACGCAAGCAGACCCAAGCUUUGUCAUGGGCAAAGUGCUGUGCGUUGGUCUGGAGCUCAUUUCUACCAACACUGGGAUACAUGUGAAUGCAAAACUGAAGCAGGACCUUGCCGACCUUCAAGUCCUGGCAUCCAAGAGUAAGAUUACACAGCGAGAGAAGCUUCAUGUUCAAGCUGUCAAUCAAUUCGCUCAUGGUGACACAACCGGAGCAUGUCUAGUGUGGGAAGAUAUACUGACCGCUGACCCCACCGACAUGCUGGCUCUCAAGCUAGCCCAUGAUUCCUACUUCUACUUGGGUUUCCAACCUCAGAUGAGGGAUUCUAUCGCAAGAGUUCUCCCAAAAUGGAGACCUGAUCUGCCACUUUAUUCAUACCUUCAUGGCAUGUACGCGUUCGGUCUCGUCGAGACGAACUGUUAUCAAGAUGCCGAGAAGCACGCGUUAAAGGGAUUGAAGCUAAACCCUAGAGACUGCUGGUCCACACAUUCACAGGCUCAUGUACUUGAGAUGAUGGGCCGACAAGACGAAGGCAUCGCUUUUAUGAGCAGUACACUUGAUGAUUGGACCGUCGGGGAGAUGCUUGCUUGUCAUAAUUUCUGGCAUUGGGCUGUCUAUCACGUGGAAAAGGGUGAACAUGACGCUGCUCUGGAUAUCUAUGACAGUCAAGUUGGUCAGCGGUGUAAGUCUGGGGCCAUGCUCGACUUGGUGGACGCGUCAUCGUUGCUCUACAGAUUACAAAUGGAAGGUAUCAACGUUGGCAAUCGCUGGCACGAGCUGCUCUCGCUGUGGGAGUCUCACGCUGACGAUCACAUCCUGAUGUUCAAUGACGCCCACAUGCUGAUGUGCACACUUGGUGCAAAGAACGAAGGCAUGACGCUCAAGCUGAUGGAGUCACUCAGGAACUUUGUCAGGGAUGGUAAGGGGCAUAACCGUGAGGUGUCACGUGAUGUGGGCGUGGCUAUCUGCGAGGCAUUCGAGAUGGCUGAUAAGGGUGAUUUUGCUGGAGCUGUGGAGUUACUUAAGCCAGUUCGCUACAGGAUUGUCAAUAUCGGUGGGAGCAAUGCUCAGCGUGACAUAUUCAACCAGUUUCUGAUCCACGCGGCGUUACAGUCGUCACGCAACGACCAUCACAAGUACGCAAGGAGUCUUCUCGCAGAGCGAAAGGCUUUAAAGACGAAUGCACCGAUGACGGACCGGCUAAUGACGAGAGCGAUGGCGCUUCACGCAGAUUAAACAAAACAUGCCGUCAGUUAGACAAGGUUUUCAUUAUAUUCACACACAUUACAUAGACUAAGUAUUUAAACAUUUACGCUACAACUUCGUUAAAGAAAUCAGAUUCAAAUUUAUAGCAAGUACAAUCACACAGUUUACUUCCGUCAGGCCGACGGAAACCUCCACCGAUAAAAGUCAAAAGAAUCUAUUAGAAUCUGCACUAUCUAACAGGCUAUCUCAAUUAUCAUUCACAUGCAACUUUCAAAAGACACACUUCUUUCACAAUUUUGAAAUAUUUUUCGCGUUUUCCGAUAAAGACCGGCGACCGGGUGAUUCCCCUAAAGAGUGUGUCUCAAUAAAACUUUCACAUCAACC